AUGUCAGUUGCGAGGAAAGCAUUUGCAUUUGCUGUAGUGGAUCGAGGAAGCAGCUCGAGGAGGUGUAUGUGUAUGGCUCGAGGAGGUGUCUAUUUUAAGCGAGUCUACGAUGAAUGUGAGUAUCGAUGGUUUUGUUCAGGAAGUGUUGAUUGAUUCAGGGAGAGUGAGUAAUUUGAAGGGGAAGGAGUAUUUCUUUAAAUUGAAGGGAUUUGGUUUAAAGGGAAAGAUUGAACAUUGCUCAAAGAACUUGUUUGUUUAUGGAGGAGAGCCAAUUGAUGUGAUUGGUCAGUUUAGAGCUGUAUUGUCUGCUGGGAAUGUGAAGGUAUCUACUGAUUUCGUUCUUGUCAAGCGCGGGCGUUGCGUUCUGGAAAAUGUAACUACAAGAGAACUGGGUGUUCUUCCACGUAGGACCUAA